ACUCAGUUCAGUUGACGCAAGUUGAAGGAGAAAUUGCAAUCUCUAGCAGAGGCCUUAGGAAUAAAUAUAAGAUGUUUACAGCGAGGUUAGCAGGUCGAUGCUCUUCAGCUUAUUACCGCAGCUUAUCGACCUUUUCUCUCCAGCAAUCGUCGAAAAGCGUAAGUCGAUUUCCAGGCAAGAGAUGCAACAGAUAUUUUCAAAACGAAACUAAGGCCUGGAGAUCGUGGGAAGGAACAACUAAGGCACCUGGUGUAACUGCUGAAACAACUGGCCGUGCAGUUGUUGGUGGGUUUGCCCUGUUUGGUGUGGGAGCCCUGUGUUAUUAUGGCUUGGGAUUGUCCAAUGAGAUGGGUGCAAUUGAUCGUGCUAUGGUAUGGCCACAGGUGGUACGUGAUCGUGUGAGGUCAACUUACUCUUAUUUUGCUGGUAGUCUGGCUGUGACAGCAGUGUCAGCAUACGCUAUAAGUCAAAGCAGAGCUGUAUUCACCUUGAUGAGGGCAAGUCCAUGGCUGGUUGUGGGUGGAGGAAUGAUUGCUACAAUAGGAAGUUCUAUCUUGUGUAUGAGUUUGCCAUAUGAAGCACGGCUGAAUGCAAAGCACAUUGCCUGGGUUGGUCACAGUGCACUUAUUGGGACCCUUAUUGCUCCUCUCAUGUUACUUGGAGGUCCAUUAGUGCUAAGGGCUGCUGCUGUGACAGGUGGUGUAGUUGGGGCCUUGUCUCUGACAGCUGCCUGUGCUCCUGAUGGGAAAUUUCUGUCAUGGGGUGGACCUUUGGCCAUUGGCCUUGGUGGUGUGUGUAUGGCGUGCCUUGGUACAUUGUUCCUCCCAGCCAGCUCUGUGGUUGCCGCUGGUCUUCAGUCUGUAGUUACCUAUGGUGGGCUUGUCAUCUUUGGAGGGUUCAUGUUGUAUGACACUCAGAAGAUCAUCAGAAAUGCAGAGACAUAUCCCUUGCAUGCUGCCAUACCAUAUGACCCCAUCAAUGCGUCUAUUGGGAUAUACAUGGACACCAUCAACAUUUUUAUUAGAAUUUUGACCAUAAUGGCUUCCUCAAACUCACGCCGAAAGUGAGUUAGACUGUAGGUGUACCAGGAGCACCAAAAGAAGUGUUCAGUACCAGCUAUGGGACAAUAUUAACCUCAAGAUGGCAUUCCAUAAUUUUUAAGGAAUGUUGCCACUCAUUGUUUUUGCAUUGAAUUCACUGAAUUCUGUUUUCUGAAGCAACAUGUUUGUUGGAAGUGCAACAGUAUUUACAAUAGAUGCUUUAUUAUGUCAGAGUUAAACUGAGUAACACCAUGUAACCAACACAAACACCUAAGAGAAGUGGAGUGUUGUUUUUGGUAUCACCAAAUUUCCUAGAGAGGCUACUGCUUUUGUUCAUUUUAUCACUGCAUUCACCUUUUGAAGCAAAUGUCAGUUGAAAGUGUAUGCUAUUGUUAUAGUUAAGAAAAGUUACAUUUGAUGUCUCCCAAGGUAUAAACAAUUUAUUGUUAAGGAAAGACACUGGGGUCAAAUCAUGCUUCAGGCUUUUGCCGUGCUUACCUUUUUUGGCUGAAAUACAUUUUCCUUUUUAAAAUUGUGUAUUUAAUGCUACUGGAUUACACUCUGAUGUUUACUUAUUAGAUUUCCAUGUAAAUAAAGAAUUAAAAUAAAUUUUAGUUUG